AUGCGUUCACAAGCAGGUCCUCAUUCGUGUCUAACUUGUCAUGUUCUUUCGUCCUCUUCACCGUUCAAUCGAUUCACACCUUUUCUAACAAAAUGCUGUAAUCGAUGGGUUUGCAAUAAAUGCCUACAGGACAAUCCACGGUUCUUCAAUUACUGUCCUUUCUGUCAUCGAGCUUCUGAUAUUCUAUCGUCAUCUUCCAGGGAUGUUAUCAAUAAUGUUAAUAUUGAAUCGUUGAACGAAGAAUCGAACCAAGAAAGAGAAUUGGUCGCACUCUGCAAGGGUAGCGAUGAUCUUCCGUUAUAUCAGGAGAUAUUUACAGAUGAUGAUGGUAAUCAGACAAAUUUGCCUACUUAUGAUGAUGUUUUGCGAGGGUUAGAUUCCACUGAACAACAGCAACAGCAAGAUGAAAAGAAACAAAAAUUAACAAAUGAUGAAAAAAGUGAAUAUGGUGUGAUACAUUAUGUGAGAAAAGAAGAUACAUUGCCCGGAUUGGCGUUCAAAUAUGGAAUUGGUAUUUCGGAUAUUCGAAGGGCAAAUCGACUAUUUGAUGAUAACAUUUUUGCGCGAACAAGUUUGAUUAUCCCAAAUUAUUUUGGGCCAUCACUGUCUGAGAAGCAAUCGAAAGAGGAUGAACUUAAAACCCUAAUCAAACGGUUUCAACUUCGUUCAAAAUGUGUUGAUCCGACAGAAGCAAAAUACUACAUGGAACAAUCAAACUACAAUAUAGAUGCUGCAACACAGGCAUAUCGUGAUGAUGUGCUAUGGGAAAUGCAACAUCCAAGACAAGAAAAGGGAAUUUUUGGUAGUAGGAGUAGAAAAAGUCUAGAUAAUCAGAAUUUAAGAAAGAAAAAAAUCGAGUAA